AUGCGCGGCUUCCGCUGGGCUUCGCGCAGCGCGGCCGCGGCCCUGGGCUCCGGCGUCUUGGUGGGACUGCAUUGCAGUGCGAGGAAGCCGGUGUCGAACCCUGGCCAGGGCACUCAGGGCACGUUGCACCGGGGCCAUGGCCGAUGGGGCUGGGGCCACCCAAGCUCCGUGGAAUGCGAGGCGGCGAAGAAGAAGCUGACAGUCGCGGAGCUGUUGGCACUGAAGGGAAGGCGGCAGAUUGUGCUGACCACGGCUUUCGACGAGUGGACUGCACGUGCAGCGGAGCAGGCUGGAGUGGAUAUGAUUGUCGCCUGGGGCAGCUGUCAGGAGCACAGCAAGUUCGUCGUUGAGGCUGUCCGCCGAGGAGCGCCCAACACACUCAUUGGAACUGGGAUCAAUCCGGGAGCUUACGAGAGCCAGGAAAAGGCCUUGAAGCUUGCGAAUGAGAUGCGGGCCGCUGGCACUGACAUCAUCUACUGCUCAGGCCUUGUACCAGAGAAGUUUCAGGGCCUGGCGAAGCAGCACUUCCCUUGCUGUGGCCACGUGGGCUACCUUCCUGUGAAUGACACCUGGCUUGGCGGUCCAAGAGCAGUUGGCAAGACAGCAGAGGAGGCAAAGAAGGUUUAUGAAGACGUCAUGGCCCUUGAGGCUGCUGGCUGCAUAGCCGUGGAGAUGGAGUGCGUUCCUGCCCAGGUGGCGGCAGAGAUAAGCAAGCGCACGAAAAUGCUGGUGUUUUCGAUGGGGAGUGGUCCUGACUGCGACGGCCAGUUCAUUUUCUCGGAGGAUCUCAUGGGCACGAACUCAGGACACUAUCCCCGCCACUCCAUCACCUACGCGAACCUUAUGGCGGAUGCCGUGCAGGCAUUGAGCCAAUACUGUCAAGACGUGCGCCGUGGCGCAUACCCUGCAGCAAAGCACUGCAUCAGGAUGAAAGAGUCAGAGUUCAGGCGCUUCAUAGAAAGCCUCAGCUGA